AUGCUUCGCAAAGCGAAGCCAGCGGUCAGUCACCGCGCGGCCCGAGCGCUCACCGCGCGCCCUAGCUCCCCAGGCGGGGCCCGGAUGCGGACGCUUUCCCUGCAGCCCUACUUGGAUCCUCAGGCACAGGCUCUAAGCACCCAGCGGCUGAAGGCAGCAGACAAGCAGCGGCGCCUGAAGCUGGCUGCCCGGGCCCUGCGGGAGCUGGCUAAGGCGGGAGCUCAGGGGGUGGUGGGCACGACUCAUCUCAUGUCUACUGGGGGAGAGACCACUGUGCCCCCAGAGGUGGGCCUCUUGGCAGCUUACUGGAUUGAUUCCAGAGGGUUGUGGUAUGGUGGUGACAACUACAUCAGCCAAGGGUGCUGUGUGGAACUGCUGCUGCUGCUGCUGGCCGGGGAGCUGCCCCUGGGCGGUGGCUGCCCCCGGGACUGCGUGUGCUACCCGGCACCUAUGACGGUCAGCUGCCAGGCGCACAAUUUUGCUGCCAUCCCCGAAGGCAUCCCUGUGGACAGCGAGCGCAUCUUCCUGCAGAACAACCGCAUCACGCUCCUCCAGCAGGGCCACUUCAGCCCUGCCAUGGUCACCCUGUGGAUCUACUCCAACAACAUCACCUUCAUCGACCCCAACACCUUCGAGGGCUUUGUGCACCUGGAGGAGCUGGACCUCGGUGACAACCGGCAGCUGCGGACACUGGCGCCGGAGACCUUCCAGGGCCUGGUGAAGCUCCACGCCCUCUACCUCUAUAAGUGUGGGCUCAGUGCCCUGCCGGCAGGCAUCUUUGGUGGCCUGCACAGCCUGCAGUACCUUUAUUUGCAGGACAACCACAUCGAGUACCUCCAGGAUGACAUCUUUGUGGACCUGGUCAACCUUAGCCACCUGUUUCUCCAUGGCAACAAGCUGUGGAGCCUGGGCCAGAACACCUUCCGGGGCCUGGUGAACCUGGACCGUCUGCUGCUGCAUGAGAACCAGCUGCAGUGGGUCCACCACAGGGCUUUCCAUGACCUCCGCAGGCUGACCACUCUCUUCCUCUUCAACAAUAGCCUCUCCGAGCUACAGGGCGAAUGCCUGGCUCCUCUGGGGGCCCUGGAGUUCCUCCGCCUCAACGGGAACGCCUGGGACUGUGGCUGCCGGGCGCGCUCCUUGUGGGAAUGGCUGCAGAGGUUCCGAGGCUCCAGCUCCGCUGUUCCCUGCGUGGCCCCAGAGCUGCGGCGUGGCCAGGACCUGAAGCUGCUGAGGGCUGAGGACUUCCGGAACUGCACCGUGCCUGUGUCCCCACACCAGAUCAAAUCACAUACGCUCACCACCACCGACAGGGCUGCCCGCAAGGAGCACCACCCGUCCCAUGGCUCCACCAGGGACAAGGGUCACCCCCACGGCCAUCUGCCUGGCUCCCGGUCCGGCUACAAGAAGUCAGGCAAGAACUGCACCAGCCACAGAAACCGCAACCAGAUCUCUAAGGCAGGCACCGGGAAGCAGGCCCCUGAGCUGCAGGACUAUGCCCCUGACUACCAGCACAAGUUCAGCUUUGACACCAUGCCCACGGCACGGCCCAAGAGAAAGGGCAAGUGUGCCCGCAGGACCCCCAUCCGUGCCCCCAGCGGGGUACAGCAGGCCUCCUCGGGCAGUUCCCUAGGGGCCUCGCUCUUGGCCUGGAUACUGGGGCUGGCAGUCACUCUCCGCUGAGGACCCAGGGUGUCAGCGCCCAGCACUGCCACUUGUCCACCAAGGAACAGAAUUUCUUUUCUUUUUUACAAGUGGAGGAUCUGCUGAGUUUCAGGAAAAGGCUGGUAGAGGCUUUGGCUGCUGUCUAGACCCUCCCAUGUGGAUUAUAAACCCAAAGUGUACAGCCCUGGGCAGGAGGGGUUUAGUACAUCUCACUCAGCUGCCCCAGCCAGCCUCCACAGAGCACCCACAGACAGUGUCCACUCCAACAAUGUGGUAAAAGGUGCACGACGUGAAUCCUUCAUUAGCAACAGUGGGACAAUUGCCCCUUAUGGGAGCUGGGCUCUGUGGAAUCUUGAUCAUCUGGAGAGGUUUGAAGGGCCCCCCUGCAUUCCUGAAGGAUACAGAACUUGAAGAACAAACGGGGCUCACCAAGAGCCUGGGCCCACCAGCAGGCUGGGAACAUGCACGCAGGUGGCAUCUCAGCUCUUGCCUGAGGCCGCUUAGUCAGUCUCCCCUGAAUCCAACCCCAUGCCACCUUUAGCCCCUCCCUCGGUGGUCACGCCUCUCAUUCCUGAUGUCUCAGGCAACCCUGGCAGACCCAGGCCCAACUGCUAGGGUCCAAGAACCAAUUACCAAAGGAAAGAUCAUCAGAGGCUGAAAUUUAGAACUUUAUCACGUGCAGUGAGGUUCUCACAGAAGGUGCAGUUUUAUAACUAUGUCCACUUAUAUAUAUACACACCCUACAUAUACAUAGAUAUACAGAUGCACAGGUCCCCCGUCCCGCUCCAUUACCAAACUGUAUGUCUUUUCAUGUUUAUAAACUGUACGGAAAACUAUAUCUGCUGAACCUAAGGAUUGUAUUGGUGAUUUCUAGCAAGAAAAAAGUUAUAGGAUUUUUGUCUAGAAUCCCAACCUGGCAACAAUAGUCCCUAUGUAACCGGGCUUGCCAGGGGCCUGGGGCAAAAUGUCAGUGGGGAGGGUUAAGGAGAAGGGGAGGCAGCAAGCAUCACUUCAGGGGACCAAUAUUCUUAGAUAUUUAGAACAUCACCUUGUUUUUAUAUGCAACACAAGCCUGUCUGCCACCCUGGAGCUCCCCGGCCCCUGCUAUAGUAGCUGUUGGCUUCAGGGUGAGAAGUGAGAAGCAGCUUGUUGGAUGUCAGGGAGUCAGUCCCUGGGGGCAGGCGGGAAGGAGAAAGAGAAGGAAGGGGCUCUGGGAAUUUUAAGCCAGCGGGUGAGACAGCAUUCACAGUGUUAGUCCAACGGGUUGGACAGUGUCGUCAGCCUUGCGUGUGGCCAGCGAUAGUCUGGACAGACCAGGGAGACUGGGCAUGAGCCCAGGCCUCCAGCAUGGAUCAGCUGCUAAAGCUUUCCUUCAGGCUCUUCUUCAGCAAGGACCCUACACAGGUUGGCAGGAGGGAGGGAUCAGGUGGCCUUAGCAGAAGGGAACCGAUGAGGGCAUUUCUAGAACCAUCUCAGGCACUUCUGCAUUACAGAGGCCCCAUCCUUCCUGACCCUCUGGAGAUGCCCAGGGACAGGCAGAGGUCAGGGAGCCAGACUCAGGGGUCAGGAACAGGGACAGGCAGCAUGCAGGGCAUGGAGCAGGUGAGCCCAGACAGGGAGGAGGGGCUCUAGUGGAAGUCGGCCACACUGCUGGCCACGGGCCCCAGUGGGCACAAUCUCCUUUGCGCUUUGCACAAACCUGAAUUCCCCACCAGAGAGGAUGUGUGUGAGGAGCGAGAAACACUGAAUCCAAUUAAGAGAGAAUAAUAAUAAUAAUAAAUUAUCUUG